AUGAUUCGCGCGCCAAACUUGACAUCUUUAAGCAUAACAAUCAAUAAUCCAAUAAUUAACUUCAGAUCAACAAAGGAUCAAGUUGAGUUCAACAAAGCUAUUGAAAAGUCAUCAAAUUUUGCCAAAAUUCAAAGUUUUAUGGAAACUACAAAAAAUUUAAAGGUUUUGAUUCUUAAUGAGUUAAAUUACAGUUGCAUAAUUGACUUUGCAGCAUUGUCAUUUCCAUUGGAAAAAUUGACAAUCUCAACUUAUGGAUCUAAAUCUUAUAAUUCAAAGUUUUCAUGGGACCAAAGAAUACAUUUUAAUUCAUCAAUUUUAAUGUUUUUGGAUCAACAGAAACAAAGCUUGAAGGAGGCUUUGAUCGAUUCAAAAUUUCUUAAAAUGUCACCAAAUUUAGUUUUUAAAUUUUUACUAACCUCAAAAUUGAGAAAAUUUUCAAUCAACUGCUGUCAAGAUAAAAAUAAUUCAAUUGAAUUUAAAUAUCAUAAAUUAAAUAAUGAAUUGAAAUAUUCAGGAGAACUGAGCAUUGCUGAUUUUGAGACAUUGAUUCUAAAUUUCCCACAAAUUAUCAAUUUAAGCCUUAAUAUUCAAGGAUUACUAUCAAUUAAUGCACUUCAAAUGAUCAACAAUUCAAUGUCAAAUUUAAAAAUUUUAUCAAUCAAUCCAUUUUUUUUGAAAAUUUCCGAAAAUCUUAUUUUAAAAAAUGUUGAAAAAUUGGAAAUUCAAAAUUUAUAUGAAAAAUGUGGCACUGUCGACUGGAAUGACAUCGCCUUAACAUGUCCAAAUAUCAAAGAACUCUCACUUUAUGAUGAUUAUUUUAAAAUUAAACCUGGAAGACGUGCGAGAAUUAUAAGAAAAUCUAAAAAUCUUAAAAUUGUGAAAAAGUUUUGCAAAAGAAAAUUUUCAGUUUCGACAAAUUUUUAUGAAUUUUUUCUCAGACCUUCAAUGAAACCAUUGGAAAUGACAAUUUUUGCUAAUAUCACACUGGAAAGAUAUAAUCAAUUAAUUGAGUGUCUUUUGAAUAAUCCUAAUAUUUGUGUUAGCUAUAAAAUGAUUGACAGAAGUGACAAGAGUCCAAAAAGUUUUAUAAAAUCAUUCAAAAUCAUCAAGUUUAGAAAAGAAAAAUUGUUACAGUUAAAUUGA